UCCCGUGGACCGUGAAUAUCAUUGAAUCACUCGUGUAUGGUCUUGCGAUAUGCCUAGUAGUACCUAAUAAUCUAAUGUUAUUCAACUUUGUACCGUAACUGAAAAGAGAUUGUCUAACCUUUAUUGUAAAUCAUUAAGUAAACAUUACAUCAUAGAGUGUUAGUCGACAGAAAUUGUAGUUAAUUAUGAUACAGGUGCACGAAGAGGAAACAUCAAUUUCUGUGAUAUGUCGGGAGAUUUUUACUACCAUUUUAUAUCCAAUAGAAUAUGCCAAAGUAUUAAUGCAGAUUGGAUAUGAACCGAUUGUACCACGACCUGCGACAACUUUAUUACUUAGACAGCCGGCUAUGAUUUUGCCUAAUAUAUUUACAUAUGUGGCCUAUAUAAAAAAUGUGGAUGGCAUUCUUGGAUGUUAUCGUGGUAUUAUUCCAAGAACAUGUGCCUGUACCGUAGGUAAAAUAGCUUUUGAUAAAACAUCUAAGUAUAUCAAGAAAGCAAUAGAGGAUAUCGAUCACAAUAAUAGCAGAUAUUCAAAGGAAGAAGAUGAAUCAUGUAAGACAUUUCUACUUAAAUUCAUAGGGGAUGUAGUUAGUAGGAUAGUAGCAACUAUAAUCAGUCAGCCAUUAACAGUCAUUACGAUAAGGACAGUUGCACAAUUUGUUGGAAGAGAAACAAAAUACAAUGGAUUAUUCGGAUCACUUAUGGAAAUAUAUAAAACGGAGGGAAUUGCGGGAUAUUAUACAGGAUUGAUGCCUAGACUUAUUGGAAAUACUGCUGCAAUAAUGUUAUUUAGUUCAUCUAGUUAUCUUAUUCAUAAAUACCUAGUUCAUGAUGAACAGGCAAAACCAUGUGUGGAUGCUACAAUGGGUUUCAUAGCGACAACAGUCACAUACCCAUUUUUAGUCGUAUCAAAUUGUAUGAUUGUUAAUAACUGCGGGUUGGCUGCUGGUCUUCCUCCACGUAUGCCAAUUUAUAACGGGUGGCGGGAUUGUUGGUUUCAUCUGUCAGUUACUAACCAGUUAAAGAGAGGAAACAGUUUGUUCUGGCGUUAUUAUAUGGGACAAAAGAUAAUCGUACAUGGAGAACCAACAUCUUUACAUUAAUAUUACUUUCACUUGAAUUUGAGAGACUAACAGUAAAACCAAUUGUUACUGUAAUAUGUCUAAUUGUAUUUUCUAUUACGCAGUAAAUCUAUUAACUGCUAUGUUUGCAUUUAUACUACUUAUUCAUUUAUAAUUGGUUUUAAUAAUAGUUACAUAAACUAUUAACUGUACGUUCUUACUUUUCUUUGGAGUUUUGUAUUUUCUUGAUAAAUUCUUUAAAAUUGAAAA